AUGUUAUUAUGUUCAGAUACAAGUAACUUGCAACAUCAGAAUGGUGGUUAUUGUUCAACAUCAUCUGCUUGUAGCACAGAUUCUUGUUCCGAUGCAACACCUGAUGCACGUUACAACUCGUCAGAAAGUUCUCUCUGCACAACAGACUCGGACUCGGAGAGUUUGUUGGAAGACCUUUGCUCCCCGAUCCCUCGACGACCCGUCGUUCACUCCAAGUCCUCUGACUGCUUGUCCUCCCUCGGAGAUCAAAAGAACUCGGCUCCUAAAUCUCGUGAUGCGGAACGGACACAUUCUGCGGACAAUCGCAGUUUAUCUGCCGACAGAAAACUCGCCUCACUGCCGAUAAACGCACGGAAAUCAUCAAAACCACAAACCCCCGCUCUAGUUACCCCCUGUAAAAAUGGCAAAACUGAAACUGUAGCAAAUAAUGUAACUUUGAAAGAAAAGCGGAAAGACGGGAACUCUGGGAACUCUGGGACGAGCAAAAGCUCGACAUCGACCACAAAAAACUCACCAGCUCCACGCCGAAAAAUUGAGCGAAACACAGCCAGUCUUAUUUCGUUUACUUCUAGUAAAAAUCAACCAGAAGUAAAACAUCAGACAAGGAGAAACGGUCCCAGUCGUCGUGGCAACAACAGUUCCUCCUCUCGUAACCAUGACAACCGGAAACCAACCAACUGCGUCAACUCCGUCGGAAACGCCAACGAAUUUUCCGCGGACAGAUAG